AUGGCAUCAGUAAUGGCCUGGGGCGCUGGUGUCGCCGUCGCCGCAUUCCUCGGCCGAGCCGGUUUCGUCGCCCUUCGUCGCUCCCGCGGCGGCAUCGGCGCCAUGGGCAAAGCUUUUUACAAGGGCGGCUUCGAGCCCCGAAUGACCAAGAAGGAAGCCUCGCUCAUCCUAUCGCUAAAUGAGCGAUCCAUCUCCAAAGACAAAGUUCGCAAGGCGCACCGGACGCUCAUGCUCUUGAACCACCCCGAUCGAGGCGGCAGUCCGUACUUGGCGACAAAAGUCAAUGAGGCGAAAGAGCUACUGGAUAAAACUACAUGA